AUUGGUGCCAGCACCACUGAUUCCAGUGGGCCAUGGGCUUAUUUGGCAACACUAUGGGGUGCUUUGGUCCUGGGCUUUUGGCUUUUAGCCUUUGGUGCAUGUUACCUGAUCUGCUGGAAGCCGGGGACUCCUCUCAGCCUAAACCUUCGGGUGUAGACCUUUGGAAGGAGCUACUGCAGGAUUCCUCCUCCUCCUCCUCUUCUGCAACUCGUCCUGCAGGUCGUGGCUCAAGGAAAGGAUUUCCCCUGAGAGGUGGCAGUGAAGGUUUUUUCUUUGUGGCAAAAAGCUUCCAACCAGUGGGACAUCACUGGAACAUAUCCUUUGAGGCCAUUCCCAUUUCAGGGGUUCGACCGGUAGUCAAGCUGUGGGCCCAAGUGCCGGCGGGUCCUCGAGCCACCCACCUCACCCUGGAGCUCCAGGAUCCCCGCAGGGGGCUGGGCUGGUUCCUGCUAGGCUCCUACCCUGUAAAGCUCCCUUCUGCCCGCCUGAGCAGCUUGAUAGUGCUGGAUGUCAGCUGCCUCCUGGUUUACUGGGGAGAGCUCCACGACCUGCUCAAAGGGAAGGGGGAGUGGGUAAACGGCCAGUUCCCGGCUGGCAUGGUCAACCACGCCAUCCUGGGAGACUGUGUGGCCGCCAAGAGUAACAUGGUCACUCUGAUGGUGGCUUCCAAGCAUUCUACCCGACCCACUAUGAUCCGAGUAGCUCAGAUGGCAGGUCCCGCCAAGUCGCGUACCAAGAGGGUGAAACGGGAGUCUCCGGGCCUUGAGGAAGAAGACGUGGACUCCGGCCAGCUGUCCCACGACGAAGGCUCCUGCCGGCGGGUGAACAUGGUCGUGGACUUCAACCAGAUACCGUGGGGCAAAUGGGUUUUGGCGCCCAAGUCUUUUGAUGCCUACCGAUGCCAGGGGACCUGCUCGACGCCACUUCAGCACUCUAACAACAACUAUGCCAUGAUCAUGGGCCUGCUGCACCACUUACAGCCUACCUCCGCAGUCAGCACACCAUCUUGUGUACCCAUACGGAUGAGCCCCCAAAACCUGAUCGUCACUGAUGAGGACCACAGCAUGGCAAUCCAUUACAUGGAGGAUAUGGUGGUGGAGGAGUGUGGCUGUGUCUAAUCCCAUCACCAGAGAGCCUAGGAGUGCCCCAAAAGCAGCCACUUGGGGUGACUAGCCUAGGCGAGGGCACAAGGAAACUCCUCAAUGAUCUACAAAUACUGCUGUUUUGAUCCUUGUUAGAAUGUGUAAACUUCAGCAGAGUAUGGGGUCCUAGAUGUGGGAGAUGGAUUCAAAAAUGGGAGAAGAAGCAAGUUUUGGAAGAGGGAGAUUAAAAAGAAACCCUGUAGAUUUGAUCCCCAUCCACCAAAAGCGGGAGUUCUCUUCCAGUUUUUAUAGCAGCUGC